AUAGACUAUAAUUUACAUCCCCGUCUACGUCUAUUCGAGUUCGCGAGGUGGCGUGUCAAUCGUGUCACUUUCUCGAAUUCCAGUCUCCGAAACUUGUCGGUCCGUUGUGGGUGCGGUCGGAAUGUUUGCACAGUCAGACCUUCAUUUGAUUGAAACUAUACAAUACUGUCACAAGCAACUCCUUGAGAAACUGCGCUUUGAGACCAACAGUGCGUCACAAGAGACCAAGAACAAGGCAAAGGAAGAUAUGAGAAGGAUUUGGCAACAGGAUCCCCAUUUUCAUGAUAUUGUUUGGAGGGUGGGGUCUAUUGCGCACUACAUAGAGCUUGCGCUCAAGUGCAGGCAGCAUAGGGGUAAUGAUAACCUCAAGGCUUGAUUCUGCAACAUUGAAAACGUACUUGUAAUUUUAAUCACACUAUUUACAGGCAUUGUGGUUGAGAAACAGAGCUUCAAGAAUGGGCUGUGUUUAAUGCAAAAU